AUGGCGGUCGUGUCUUUCUUUUGGAAGCUGCAUGCGAAGAAACGUCAGGAGGCCAAGAGCGAACACAAGCACAUGCACAAUCUGGAGAAGCAGAAGCGUCAGCUUCGCCAGUUCUUGAAAGAACACGGCUUUGACUCGGAAGACGUCAAUGCUACGAAGAUGAGUGUUUGCGGCCUGAUGAAGUCCUUUCCCUUGCAUCAAGCGGCCAAGGAAGAACGGUUCGAUAUGCUUCUGUUGCUUCUGCAGUUUGGUGCCGAUCCACAGAAGAAGGAUAGCUACGGCAGGAGCGUCUACCACUACGUGACAUCAAGGGACUUCGAACAGCACAUGCGCCUGAUUCACUUGAAGGCCUCUGUGUCUGGCUUUGAGUCUCUGUGA